AUGGAUCUUUCGAGCUUUUUAAAUCCAGUCGAUGAGGAUAUACAAGAGUUAGAGGGGUGGGAGGAUUUUCAGGGGGGUGAUGCUAUUCUUGAGGAUAUCAUGUCACAAUACGUCCCAGAUACCACUCAAGAUGAUGAGGAAGAGGAUGAGCCUUCUUCACAGCCUGUGCCAACUACACAAGCUGUGAUUAACGCCAUUCAAGUUCUGAUUGAGUUUACGGAAUCUGGGAAUAGUGACACCUCAGAAGCACCAACAUUCUUACGUUCUUUUGAAUGUUUUGAGAGACAGUUAAGGCUCCUUGAAGCCAAUUCACAAAGGCAGGGGACAUUAGACUCAUGGUUUAUGUAA